AUGACGAAGUUUGAGUUAUUGAGAGUGAGAAAGCAUAACCCUAACCCUUCCCCUUUUCAACUUGAUGGAAACUCCAAGACAGACAGAAGCCAGAGGGAAAGUAUAAAGAGUAAUUUGUGGGAAAGCACCUCUGAUGCCUACAGCGGGUCCAAAGGAGAACCGGUGGCACCAAACUUUAAAAUUCCAAGUUUGAUUUAUUAUUGCUACUCUGUUCAGAGAAACUUCUCCCCGAUUAACGUUCCAGUAACAUCCUACCUAUCUGAAAAGGAAUACACAGCAAGAUGGCGCCCAUCUCGCAACACUCCUUCGUAUACACAGACACAAUUGUGUUCCAGUCAACGGCGGUUAUAUCAACCGGAGAAAGAGCAAGGCGAGCUCGAAUCCGAAACAGCCUCCACUCCGGAACAUCCAGUAUAUUCGCAGGCAACCACUGUGCCCGAGCCCAUUCCGCAACAUCCCGACUUCUCGACGGAGGCCAUUUUUGCCGAAAUGAGUUGGCUUUCUCCCUACUGGAAGUCCCUGUUGGCCCCCUUGUGCGAGCCCGAGCUGACCGCGUGCAAGCCUCAAUCGACAUUGGUCCAGCAGAUUGAAAAUGACGAGAUGAUUCUUGCAAUGAAGACUGAAUGCCUAGACUCUCUGAAGGAAUAUGUACCAACCACGCAGAUGUAUGAUACAAGAUACUUCUUGGAGACCUUUGUCCACCAUUUACCUCUCGAGGGAGGUAAGAAUCUCAUGAAGAAGAUCAUCAAGUUCUCCGUGACUCCCGAAAAGCUGCAACAGCUAAGAAAUUUUCUUGCGGGCACGAUUCUCAAGCCAGGUAUGUCUAGGAUCUUGAGGUUUAUGGGCUUAUUUGAAAGGUUAUUGACAAUUAUGCUCAAAUUCAACCUGCCGACCAAUCCAAAGUUGACCAUGGCAUCGAGAGAUUCCGCCUCAAGAAAGAAGCAGGAAGAUCUUGAAACGUCUUGUUUAAAGCGGGAUGGGUACCACUGUGUACUGAGAGGGGCUUAUCAGGAACAGUACUUCAUGACCCAACUGUCCGCACAUGAGAAGACGAGACAGUAUUGGGAGGAGCACACUGUGGCACACAUAUUGCCACACGUACUUGGGGAAUUUGACGAGAAUAACGUUGAAGAGGCGGAAGAUGCCAUCAUGCUAGCCAAAUACCUGCCGUUCAACGACUUCCGGUUUGGGUUUGAACCAACACGCGAGCCUCACACCUAUCGCGUGCAUGUCUUCGAGAGCGGUAUUGGCCACUAUCAGCUGAGCAUGGAACCUCGAAGCGUCACCUUUAGACAAAAUGAUGCUCGCAACCCUGUGCCGCUUCCAGAUCCCGACCUGUUGAGAGUUCAUUAUGCUCUGGGAAAGAUGUUCAACCUAAGUCAAGAGAAUACCUGUGUAUAG